AUGAACAUAUUUCGGGCUCUAAUCCCGUGUGCACUGCAUCGCAGUGGGGAAAGUGGAGCUGGUGGAGAGGAAGAGAGCAACAGUGGUGGUUGCUGGUUCACUGGAAGAGGACAGGGAAAUAAUUCACGCAUGACACAGAGAAUGGGAUCCGCCUCUUCGAGCCUUGCGCCCAUCGGAGGAGAUUCUGUUCAGGCUGCCAGGCUCUCAGGCUCUGCCAACUCUGAUCCUUUGAGCUUCAUUGUCAGGGAGCGCAAAAAGCGCGUUACGGGCUUCGCGACGUUGCGAAAAAAGUUCAUCAGGCGGCGACGCUCGUCGAAGGCGUGCGAUCACGGCCGCAUCAUACGCGAGCUCGUGUCGGGCUGGAGCCCGCUCGAGGCGGGUGCCCUGCUCGAGGAGUACGAGGCCCUCGCUGCGCUCAAGGACCUGCACGUCCAAGCCGAACUAGCCCGGCCACCGGCAGCCACCUACAAGCAGGACCUGGCGAGCCUCUACGAGUACAAGUACUGCACGGACGUCGACCUCAUAUUCCGGGGCACCUGUUUCCCGGCUCACAGGGCCCUCCUCUCGGUGCGAUGUGCCUACCUGCGUGACCUGCUCGCCGCCUACCCGGGCUACGGGGCCCAGGUCGCCCUCGAUCUUUCUCAUCACAACAUCGACGUGCCGACGCUGAUUGGGCUGCUGCGUUACUUUUACUCGGGCGAUUGCCGGCCGAGUCACGAGCAGCCGGGCGGCCCCGACGCGGCGGUGCUGCGCUUCCUCGCCGACGAGUUUGGCAGUCCGAACCCCCUCGAGCAGGAUCUGCGUUAUCUGCUGGAGACUGGCACCUACGCGGAUGCCGCGCUCGUCUUCACGUCGGACAGCGAUUACCACAGACCGGAUAGUGGGAGCAGCGAGUACGGCUUCAGGCCCAAGCUCGAGUUGCCUUGUCACAAGGCCAUACUGUCGGCGCGCUCGCCCUUCUUUCGCAACCUCAUACAGAGGCGCACGCGCUCGGGUGAGGACCAGACGGAGCGCGCCCUGCACAUACCCACGCGUAUCGUCCUCGACGAGUCCGUGAUCCCAAAGAGGUUCGCCCACGUUUUGCUGCACGCCGUCUACCUCGAUGUCGUCGAUCUAUCGCUCAUACUGCGCAGCACGGGCUGCACCAACAGCGCUGGUAGCCUUGGCGAGGUUCAGGCGUUGACGCACACGGGCCGAGCGCGACCAAGUCCCUUGGAAGAAGCCAUGGAGCUGUAUCAAAUUGGUCGGUUUCUCGAGCUCGACAUAUUGUCCCAAGGCUGUGAGGAUCUCAUACUGGAAUGGCUGACUUUGGAUUCUCUUCCGAACGUGCUGAGGUGGGGUAGCCAGCCACAUGGCUCGGCGUGGGUGCAUCGGCAGGCGCUGCAUUUCUUAAGAGAAGAAUUCCAGCCGGUAGCCACGUCCCCUAUACUGAACCAGCUGGAUCUCGCGCACUUAUCGGACGUCCUACAAAGUCACUUUCUGCAAGCGAGUGAGCUCGAGGUGCUGCAGGCUGUGCUCAAAUGGGGGGAGCAAGAGCUCGUGCGGCGCAUGGAGGACCGAGAACCCAAUCUGUUGAGCCACACGGUACACUCCGUGGCGAAAAAAGGGGUGAAAAAACGGGAUCUCAGUGACAUCGAGUUACGGGAGAUACUCAGCGAACUCCUGCCGCUUGUUAGGAUGGAUCACGUUUUGCCACCUAACAACGAAGCACUCGCGCAAGCCAUUAGGAGGGGCUUGGUAUCGGUUCCACCGAGUCACAUGAUAGGCGACGAAAGGGAAAAUUUAAGAAUAAAUGCUUGGAUAAGGGGUGGCAAGAAGAAUGGAUUGUUUGUCAGGCCUCGUCUCUUCAUGCCGUAUUAUGAAGAAGUGAAGGCUCUAGUCGAAGAACAAAUGGUCCAAGAAUCGGAACUGGUAAGGUUGAGGAGAGCUCGUUACAUUCCUGAUAUUCCCGAUACAUUGUACAUGGUUGACGAAAAACCGCGAAUCAUGGGAGCCGCUGGAGUGGACGUUUUAGCAGCUGCCCUUCCAGUUCCAGAUUCAGCAACGAUGGCAGCGAUGUUGAAACGCGAGCAAAAGCUAAGGCAGUCUCCGAGCUGUCAACGAGCCAUUAGCUUGCCACUGUCGUCGCGUCACGAAAUCAACAGACAAUUGCGACUGCGCGUUGUCAGGGAGUUUAAUUUGCCCGAUGCUGUGGCCGACCUACUCGAAAACGCGGCGUGCUACGGCAGCAGUCUCGGCGAGCCGGACUCUCACUCGGUGAGAUCGGACGAGGAUUGCGGCUCGCUGUUGAGUUUCGGGGGUAGCGGGCUCGGGGGUGGCAACGGGCCGGGUGGAGCUGUGCUCUGUUACGGGCGCAACAUGACCUUUCCUCGGCACGCGGCCUCGUACGGCCACCGGCACCACGAGCUACCCGCCAUCGUCACCGAGGGAGAAAACUACAGGCUGGCUAUCGAGCACUCGGAGCUGAACUCGUGCAGCGAGGGCCACCUGUCGGGCAUAAUGCCGGACGUGGCUAUGGCGACCGCCUCGUUCGGCGCCCUCCAGCUCGUCGAGCAGCAGGAACUCGAGCUCGACCUCGGCGAUGGCGCCUCCCAUCUUCUCCAGCAGCAGCAGCAGCAGCAGCAGCACCAGCUCCGCCAGCAGCAGCAGGCGUCGUCCUCGCUCGGACUCGGGGGACACCUGCACCGCGGUCUGCAGGCCCACCGACGCCAGAGUCACUUUGGCGGGUUGCCACCUGCUCCGUACAUGUACCACCGCUCGGCCGGUGGUCUGCCCAGAUUCAUUUGAACCCGUGCCCCGUCACUGCAGUCCUCGGCUCGCUCUCGCCCCCGGGACGGCGGGGACAAAGGCAGGUAAGAGAGGCAUACGAUGUCGCUGCACGCCAACCCUUGCCGCUGUAUAUUAUAUAUAUAUAUACACAUGUAAAUUCAGUGCCGCUGAUACGGAGCGGCUGUAUAUGGAGGGAAGAUGGAAAACCCACGUGAUAUUAGAUUAAAAAUCGAGAGGACACUCUCUUUCGUUAUUCUUUCCCAAGUACCUAUACAUAUUAUAUAUACAUAUAAUACAAUACAAUACAAUUGUAGCUUUAGUCCGUAAGUUGUGUAUUAAUGUACGUAUGUACACACGCGUAUAAGGUGUACAAUGGACUUGUUAAGGCAACGAAAAUUCCAAACAAACGUCGCCCGAUGUUUGAGAGUGUGUGUGUGUGUGUGUGUGUAUAUUGUGGAUUGUCGAUGCUGCUUCGGACACACUUACCUGAUUCGCGGAUCCGCAACCCCGUAAAUGGGCAUGCCUCGCGUGUAUACAAUAUGAGCUGCACUAAAGGACAAAGCGAGGAAGAUGUAUAGGGGCCUGGAUCGCGUUGAUCCGACUAUUCGUGUUGGUUUAUGCAUAUAAUAGUGUUGAUACGUAUACCCCACGAUUUUGGUAUACUGUAUGUCUUACAUAUUAUACCAUCAGGGCUGUCGCGCGCACUAUAAUGUACAGCUACGGUAAUACUUAUCCUUGUUGUUUAAUUCAAAGUAUCGCGUCGCGUGCAUUUUUCGUGCAUUAAAAAAAAAUUUUUUUCAACAAUCAGUAUUUGAUUGGGAGGGCGGGGCGGGGAAGA